CCUUAGAAAUUCCACCGAUUUGGUCUAGUCCACCUUUGAUAACCCUACUGAUACUCUCUUGCCUAAUCAAAAUUUCACUGGUAGCAAAAAAUUAGAAUCAGGGUUGUUCUCUUUUAGACUUUGAAUCUCUGGAAAUUUGACCCUUCAAUGGAAUAACUCGAUUGUGCAUUGGAAUUCAAGUGUGAAUUCGUCCAUCAACAUAAAUUUUACAUCACUCAUUUUACGACUUCAAUCAAUUGGGUUGUUAUCACUCACAGAUCCAUCAUCUUCUGCCUCUGUGAUCAUGGCUUAUGGUAGUGAUUAUGCUAAAGAGACUGAUAUACUUAGGUUUUUGAAAUUAGACAGUGAUGAGAAUUUGAGGAUUUAUAGCUCUCCUAAGGGUAAUGGCCCCACAGUGCCAAACCCUCAUGCGUCUUCACUGGGAAAUGAAAAGGGCAAUGGUUGGAAGCUGCACGCUUCGAUUGUUGUUGUUGUAGUUAUAGUCACCAUUUUGUGUUUGGUCACAUUAAAGGGAGGUUUGUGGUGGUGGUGUUGUAGAAACAGUCCCAAAUUUGGGAAUUUGUCUACUCAAUAUGUUCUUCUUGAGUACGCCUCUGGCGCUCUAGUCCAGUUCUCGUAUAAAGAACUACAACGUACCACGGAGGGUUUCAAGGAAAAGCUUGGAGCUGGAGGAUUUGGAGCUGUUUACAGAGGCGUUCUUGCUAAUAAAACUAUUGUUGCAGUAAAGUAGCUUGAGGGAAUUGAGUAGGGUGAGAAACAAUUUAGAAUGAAGGUUGCAACAAUAAAUAGAACCCGCUAUUUAAAUCUUGUGAGAUUGAUAGGGUUCUACUUUGAAGGUUGUCACAGGCUUCUGGUAUAUGAGUUCAUGAAAAAUGGAUCCCUUGAUAGUUUUCUCUUUACAACAGAACAACAGUCUGGGAAAUUCUUGAAGUGGACACUUAAGGACAUUAUGGGCAUUUUAAUAUUUAUAGUUGAUGACAUCAGUAGAGUCUGUUAGAUGUAUAAACAAUUGUCAAAUUUGGGAAGAAUCUUGACUUUGUCAGGUAA